CCAGGUGUGGCACGGGGGAAGAAACAGGUAUCCUGUACUCGUGCGCGGGUUGCAGACAUCAGUAUUCGCUGAGUUUCUGUGAAACUCUCCUGUAGUUUUGUGGAAGCGUGGAGCAGCGGUGGGUAUUUAGGCUGAGGAAGGAAGCUUCAUGCAGGAACAAGCAAUGAAAGGUCUAUAAUUAUCUCCAAGUGCUUUUUUGCUUUUCUUUUCUUUUCUCCUUCGGAAUGACGGACGGACGGUCGGGUUGAAGAAGGGAUUCCGCGUGUUGUCCGAAAACAUGGAGGAAUGGUUUUGAAAACGUUUUUGUCCAGUGUUUUGAACUCGAGUACAGUGUAUGAACCUAUGCACUCUUCAGCACACACAUCGAGCUGUUUGAAUUAGUUCAUUUGAGUCAAUAUUUAUGCGUUUGGGACCGCUUUGGGCCAUCUGCACUCUUCCUGUCGAAGGAUAAGCAACGCCCAGUAAACCGGAAACGCAAAUCAACAGGCGGCUCCAAGUCGAUGUAAGUUAGGCUCCUUCGAAAGGACUGGAGCAGUGAUGGAGGACAUUGACAUCGAGCAGGAGGAGCCGUUUCCCGUGGACCGAGAUGGGAGACACUUUAAGGGUGAAGAAGACCAGCCUGAUAACAAGAGAGAAAUGGGAUGUUGUGAGAAGUUCCAUUAUUCUAUGUCCAGAUGGAUGCUUCCAGAAGAUCUUCGCGAAACCUAUCUGGAACGGGCCAACUGCCUUCCUCCGCCCAUCUUCAUCAUCCUCAUCAGUAUUGCAGAGCUGGCAGUGUUCAUCUACUAUGCUGUGUGGAAGCCUCAGAAGCAGUGGGUGACCCUGGAUGAAGGCAUCUGGAACAGCCCGCUCUCAUACAAGCCUGAGUCCAGGAAGGAGGCAUGGCGCUUUUUCUCCUAUAUGUUUGUCCAUGCUGGUGUGCAGCAUAUUGUGGGAAACCUGUUGAUGCAGCUGCUGGUGGGCAUCCCGCUGGAACUGGUCCACAAAGGAUUUGAAGUGGGAAUGGUUUACCUCUGUGGUGUCUUGGCAGGCUCGUUGGCCAGCUCCAUCUUUGAUCCUUUCAGUGCUUUGGUGGGAGCUUCUGGGGGUGUUUAUGCCCUGUUAGGAGGCUAUUUUAUGAACGCAGUAGUGAAUUUCCGAGAGAUGAUUCCUCUCCUUGGAAUAUUUCGUAUCCUCGCCAUUGUGAUAUUUGUUGGCACAGAUUUUGGAUUUGCCUUCUACAGAAGAUUUGUCAGCCAGGAGGCUGGUAUGCAGGUGUCUUUUGUGGCUCAUUUUGGAGGAAUCGGGGCCGGGAUGACCAUCGGCUAUGUCUUCUUCAGCGCUUACAACCAGAAGCUACUCAAAGACCCACGUUUCUGGCUGUGUAUAGUAGGCUACAUACUCUGUGUGGUCUUUGCUGUGGUCUUUAAUAUCUUCCUGUCCCCAGCACCAUAGGGACAUAAAGCUGCACUCACCAACCAAUUUUUAUUUUUAUUUUUAUUUUUAAUUAACACUAAACGCCUUAAUAUCACACUCAGGAAGCUGUAUUUUAUACUGAUGCAUUUCAGUACAAUCUAAUGCACAGGGUAUUUAAUGUUUUUCUAUCAGAUUUUCUUCUUUAAGUUGAAUUUGGGAGUUCAAGGGGAAAGGUUCAGUCUGCUGUUUAGAGUUGUAGAAUUGCAGAAGGAAUAGUUAAACAUUUUAGAAAAUGUCAACCAAAAUAGGCCUUAAAAAGUGAGUAAUGUGGAACUUAAUUCAAUUGUAUCUGUGCUUUUCGAAUGCGUUUUCAUUUUUUCAUGUGUUUUUUUUCUGUGUUUUAGUGUUUUUUUUAAUGUUUUCAUAAAAAAAUGUUUAGACCUCUUUGUACUUGUCAUGAUUAUCAGGAAGUUUAGUAGGAAAUGACACCCAGACUGUUUUUUUUUAUCAUUGUAUGCUAUUCUGUGCUAAUCUUCUGUUGAAUCAUCAUUGACUUUUAGCAUUUAUAAAAUAUGCCUUAAACGUGUUGAAAUCCCCGCAUUAAAACGUGAAAUUUCA